GCUCUGUUUACUAUAAUUCCAACGCUUGUCGGUUCAGCAUGCGAGCACCCGAGUGGAUGAGCAGUGAGAUGGCACGUUUAACAUCCAAACUGGAGCGUUAUAAGCCAAUUAACAGUGGCUACAAUCGCAUACAGUCCAUACGUCUAUCCAAGAGCGUUACACAAAUGCUCAACAAUCCUCUGCCCAAAACCGCCACCAACAGCACAGUCAAUACAAUACGUGAGGAGGAGAGCUCCUUUACGACCCCACGACGGCGCGGCGUGCUCAGUCGCAGCGAAUCCCAGUGGGAGGAGGUGUAUCCAGCGGUCAAAUUUAGUCGCCAGCAGAGCAACGAGAGCGCCAACAGCCUGGACAGCAGAGACAUCAAAUUCACGCACUAUCGCAAUUGCUCAACGCGCAUAACCUGAAUCCAGUCCACUAUCCCAUCCGAGGAUCUCAUGUUAUUUACAUAUUUACAUUUUUGUUAAAGAAUAUAAAUUAAGGUAUUGAAAAAAAAAAUAAAUUGUCGAAAGUCAACAAGUUUUAUGACCAGAAUUAUAUAGAAUGACCAGAUUUAUGUGGAAUACAUAUUCAUAAAUCUGGUAAGGAUUGCGUCAUAUAACAUAUUUGUUUGGUUCGGUCGAAAAAUUCAGUAACAAUUUAGUACAAUUCAUUUUGAUUCUCUAUUUGCAUUAAUAGUAAGUAUUUUUUCCUAUGAUUCUUGACAGCUAAUUAAAAUAUUACAAGAAUAAUAAAAAUAGGUACAUUUAUUAGCUAUAGUUA